GUUCUAUUUUCUUUCUCUGUUUUCUCCAUCUCUCGCUCUCUGUCUCUCAUUCAUGGUGGAUCUUCCCCAAGUUCUUGGCGUCUCCUUUCGAAACUUCUGCAAAUCCUACAAAUCCUUCUUUAAAAAAUGGCAUUCUAAGGUCAAGAAUUCCAAGAAGAAUACCGAUGUUGCUGAUUCGAAGCACGACGGCUCGUCCGACGCCAUUGAUAACAACAACAAUGGACCUUCUAAGGAUCGUGAAGAAAUUAAUAAGGAAGGACCGCGACAGAUGACGAAGAAAGGCGGUUUGAGCUUUAGACAUGGAAGCCGGAGUAUGAGGGAGAACGAUCCGAAGAUUUCCAGGCAUCGAAGCUAUGAUAGUUCUAUGUUCAGGAAUGCGAGUCGGAGAGGUCUAAAUCCGCAGCCAUCGUCAUCGUCUCAGUUUCGGAGCGUAAGCAGGAGGAGCGCGGAAUCGAUGCCGUCUCGGUUAAACAGCGGGUUGAGCGUCGAUUCGGCGUCGUCUUCUCCAAUGCUGUCUAAAAGCGGUAGCCGGAGGAGCACGACGCCGAUCAUGUUCUCGAAUUCCUCCGGUGUGCUGAAACCGCCGCCGAUCGAGAAGCAGCUUGAAUGCACUCUGGAGGAGCUCUGCUUUGGAUGCAUGAAGAAAAUUAAGGUCACAAGAGACGUCAUCUUGAACACAGGGCAAGCAAUAGAGGAAGAGGAAACGGUAACAAUAAGAGUGAAGCCAGGGUGGACGAAGGGGACAAAGAUAACAUUUGAAGGAAUGGGGAAUGAAAGGCCAGGUAGUUAUCCAGCUGACGUAUCGUUCGUGAUAGUUGAGAAACAACACUUAUAUUUCAAAAGAGAAGGGGACGAUUUGAAGCUAACGGUGGAAAUUCCUUUGUUGAAAGCCCUAACUGGUUGCACCAUUUCAAUACCUUUGUUGGGAGGAGAUGUAAUGAGCCUCAGGACACAUGACGUCAUUUGGCAUGGUUGUGUGAAGAUCAUUAAAGGUCAAGGUAUGCCAAAACUUAAAGAGGAGGCAAAUAGAGGCAACUUGAAAGUAAAGUUUUUAACCGAGUUUCCAACUGAAUUAACUGACCAACAAAGAUCCGACGUAUGUCGGAUUUUGGAAGGUUCUACCUAUUCUUAGUUUAGAAAAUUAGUAGAUUUAGAAUUGUACUAUAGUUUGUUUGUAAUUUAUGUUUUGGUUUUUG